AUGGCUUUGUUAUUUUAUAUUUUAUUUUCCCUUAUGAUAUUUAUUGCUUUCGCAUUCUCAUUAUUGCUACUUGUGUCUGUCUACAGAUAUAAACAAAAAGAUCGAAUUCCAGUAGUGUAUAUUUAUCAAAUGACUGCUUGUAGCAUUGGUGUUUGUUUUGUGGAACUACAAAGUGACAUUGUCCCAUUUUUUCUUAAAAAGAAAACGUAUAUGUGGAUCUACAGAAAUUUGGGAGAAUCAUUCACUUUAUUUGACAAUUUUAUCUACGCGUAUCCAAUGUUUCUCACAAUUUUAAUGAUAUCCGAACGAAUUUAUUGCAUCAUUUAUCCGUUUGGAAGAGCUUUCACAUCUAAAAAGUUAUGGCUCUAUUGCCUUGGUCUAGCUAUGUUUCUAUUGAUUCUCUUUUUUAUCCCAUUUUUCGGAGGCUGCGCGGACAACUACUCGUUCUAUGAUUUUGACUACACGUCCGAAUGUGAUCCAGAUGAUCAUCCUAUCACUUUGAUGUUUGAUGAAUACGCAAGAUACCUUCCCGUGAUUUGUUUAUUUUUAAACUUUGGAGUUAUUUAUCAUAUUUCUAAACGAAGAAAAAGGUUCCGGAAUACGACCACAAGAGAACCAAAUGUGCGUCAAACUCACGAGAAAACACUGCUCAUCCAGGCAAUUUCUUCAACUAUUUUUCUCUUGAUAUACGAGAUUGGAUACGUAGCUACAGAACAAUUCAGCGACUUUUUUGAUUCUUUACCAAAGUUUACACAAAGGGUGAUAUAUUAUCUUCAAGCUGGUUUGGUGGCUUACACCAGUUUUUUUGUUUAUUUUGUGUGUACUUCAUCCGUUCGUAAAAUUGUGAUAGACAACGUGUAUGGAAUAUUUAAAAUCAAGAGAAUUCAACCAGUGACACCGUCUACCACAUUAUUUUGA